AUUUUUUAGCGGAGAUACCUGAGAAAGGCACGAACUGGAGAGCCACAACCUGAGAGACAUGCGUUGCUCCCUUAAAAUAUGUUACUUUGAAAGUGAAGAAAAGUAAGAGCACAAAAGCACACUGUGUUGACCCCAUGGACCCUUGACGAUGUGGUAAUUCUUUGCACAUUGUUUGGCCAAAGACGAAACUUUGGUUCCAAAGCAAAAAUCGUUUUUCAUGAGGUGCCAGUUUCUUCCUCCUUAAUCUUUCCCCGUUCAAUCUCUUUCCACAAUUUAGAUCUAGGAGCAUAACCCAUUUGGGUUCGGGGAACAAGGAGCUCCGAUUGAGUCAAAGGUGAAGCCUUUUUCUUCUCUCUUUCCUCAAGCAGAGGUGAAAAAUAUAUACAAAUACACCCACCAUCGUAGUUCUUUACAAUUUCUUUUGUAAGUUGAUUUUCUUGGUAAAUUAUAUAGAUAUCGAAUAUUUAAGGGGGAGGGUGAAAGAAGAAGAACAAUGGGGUUGGUUGGAGUCCAAGAAAAUGGGAAUGGGAAUGGAGAUGGGAUAUCUGAGAUUUCGUUGGGGACCAAAACCAAAUACGUGAGGAUGACUUCUGAUCCUGUUGAGACCGAAGAAGGGUUGUCAACAAGCAAGCAUGACACCAAGAAAUAUGUCUUCGCAUGUGCUGUUUUUGCCUCUCUCAAUUCCGUGCUUCUCGGCUAUGGUAGAUGUGGGUGUUAUGAGUGGAGCAAUUAUAUUCAUUCAGGAGGAUCUGAAGAUAACUGAGGUUCAGCAAGAAGUACUCGUUGGAAUUUUGAGCAUAAUAUCCCUGUUGGGUAGUUUAGCUGGUGGAAAAACAUCAGAUGCGAUUGGCCGAAAAUGGACAAUUGGUUUGGCAGCAGUUAUCUUCCAAGCAGGUGGAGCUGUUAUGGCUCUUGCCCCAUCCUUUAAAGUAUUGAUGAUUGGAAGACUCCUGGCUGGGGUGGGUAUAGGCUUUGGUGUCAUGAUUGCGCCUGUAUAUAUUGCUGAAAUUUCUCCUGCCAUUGCUAGGGGAUCUCUUACCUCUUUCCCUGAGAUAUUUAUAAAUUUUGGAAUCCUUCUUGGAUACAUAUCGAACUAUGCAUUUUCAAGGCUUCCGGCACAUAUAAGUUGGAGGGUAAUGCUUGGUGUUGGACUGCUUCCUUCAGUUGUUAUUGCUGUUGCACUGUUUGUCAUACCCGAAUCCCCAAGAUGGCUUGUGGUGCAGAAUAGGAUUGAUGAAGCGAGACUAGUGCUGUUAAAGAUAAAUGAGAGUGAGGAGGCUGAAGAAAAGUUGCAAGAAAUUCAACAUGCUGCUGGGUUAGCUAAUGCUGAGAAGUAUGAAUCAAAAGCUGUCUGGCAGGAAAUACUGUGCCCUACUCCUCCUGUUAGAAGAAUGCUUAUAACUGGUUGUGGAAUUCAGUGCUUCCAACAGAUUACGGGCAUAGAUACAACCGUUUAUUAUAGCCCCACAAUUUUCAAAAAUGCUGGGAUCACUGGCAACUCCGAGCUUCUUGCAGCAACAGUUGCUGUUGGGUUCACCAAAACAUUGUUCAUCUUGAUAGCUAUAUGUCUUAUUGACAAAUUGGGGAGAAAGCCAUUGCUUUACGCGAGCACAAUUGGGAUGACAGUAAGUCUAUUUAGCCUGAGCUUGUCUCUAGCUUUUCUGAGCCAUGCAAAAGUUGGGAUCGUAUUAGCAAUUCUUUCAGUUUGUGGAAAUGUAGCUUUCUUCUCAGUGGGACUUGGCCCCAUAUGCUGGGUCUUGACGUCCGAGAUAUUUCCUUUAAGGCUUAGAGCUCAAGCAUCAGCUCUUGGAGCUGUGGGAAGUAGGGUCAGCAGUGGUGCCAUCUCCAUGUCCUUCCUCUCAGUCACUCGUGCGAUCACCGUGGCAGGAACCUUCUUUGUCUUUGGUGUUAUUUCGUGUUGUGCAGUUGCCUUUGUUCAUUAUUGUGUUCCAGAGACAAAGGGAAAGACUUUGGAGGAAAUUGAAGUACUAUUCAAAAACGAGGAUGAAUUGCAACAGAGUGAGGUAGAAAUGGGAGAUGUUGAGCGUCUGAUGCAGAAGUCAUGAGUUAGUGGCAUGCCAAAUCCUUAAACUAAAAUUCCUAGAUAUUUCAAACACAGUGGUAUUAUACUCUUUUAGUUCUUUUGUAAUGGCGGGCAUUUCUGCUUUUACAUCAUAAAGGGUUUGUUUGCAUGCCGAGGGACACUAAGAAAACAAUAAGAAACUUCAUGAAGUGUUGUCCCUCAAGCCACAAGCACCAGUAUAAGCUUUAGUAUAUCUUAAUGUUUAUAUGUAUUAUUUUUUACAGUCUGUGUAAGAUGUGAUGAGUUCAUAUUCAUAUAGCAUUGAUUCAUCGAGCC